AUGUGCAGCGCCGGCUACACCACUGAAGUGAUCAACGAGACAGAAGCUUGCACCCCAUGCGCCCGUGGCCUUUACAAGCCCAACGUCGGCAACGGCAUUUGCAGCCUCAGCUGCCCCGCCAACGCGGACUCAGAGCCGGGGGCUUCGAGCCGGGCGGACUGCUUCUGCACCCCGCAGCACCAUGCAGAGCUUGACAGCUGCGUCUUCUGCAACUAUCGGGGUCUCACAUGCCCAGGUGGCUUUAAUGCAAACGGAUCUCACGUCCAGCCUUACGCGGAGCCCGGCUUCUUUCAGACCGGCGCCACCCUGGCCGUCAAGUGCGAAGUGAAUCAAGACAAUGGCGACUCGGCGUGUGUGGGCGGCAAUGCUACAGAUGGCCACGGCGAUGCUUUCGGCAAUCUUUGCGCGCCAGGUUCUCGGGGCUUUCUCUGCGGGGAGUGCCCCGGCGGCUUCUCGCGGGACAAGUAUCCCAAGAACUGCGGAGUCUGCCCCGACGACUCCACAGUUGGAGCUACA